AAAUCUGAAUGAUUUCCCCCCUAUCCUCUCUCAGUCCCUCACUCUCUCCCUCUCUCAGCCUUUUCUACAUCUUAAAGUAAGAUAAGCAGGAAAACAUGGCAGACGCACCAAAACCAAAAGAAAAGUCCAAGAUCUCCUCAGCCCGACGGUUGGGUUUGAAGAUCAGAUUGCUGAUUGUAGCUGGCCAGAUGCUAGAGGUUGAGGUGGAGGAGAAGAAGAGAGAAAGAGAUGAAGCUCUGGCUGAGAGAGUCCCUCCUCUCAAACUGUCUGGCUUGUCUGUGGAGGAGCUCCAGGAUUUGUGCAGAGAUCUGCACCAUAAGAUCGAUGUGGUAGAUGAGGAGCGAUAUGACGUGGGACUCAAAGUUACCAAAAAUGACAAGGAGAUCCAUGAUUUAGGACUAAAGAUCAUUGAGCUGCAGAGCAAAUUCAAGAAGCCAAACCUGAGGAGGGUGAAGAUCUCAGCUGAAGCCAUGCUCAGUGUUCUGCUUGGCUCCAAGCAUAAGGAGACCAUCGACUUCAAGUCCAACCUCAAGACAGUCAAGAAACCAGAGGAGAAGAAAGAAGAGGUCACCGACUGGCGUCAAAAUGUGGAUGCCAUGUCUGGCAUGGAGGGCAGAAAGAAGAUGUUUGACGCUUGAAAGAUGAGUGAUGAUUAUCACGUCAUCCUCCAACGAUGGCUUUGAUGAUUGAAGAUAAAAGACCAUGCGACAGAGAGGGCAACUGAAGGUAUGAAGAAUAACUGUAGGAGAUAACUGAGGGAACACAUGGAGAAGAAAAAUAAAUAAAUACAAAACAUUUGUUCUUUUUUGUACGUGAAAUAAAGGUUUUUUGAUUUAAAUGACUGUAUGAGAAUGUUGAAGGGAAAACAGAUAGUGUGUGUACAAUAAACGUAAUAUUAGUGUG